AUGACCGCAACGAAAAGCCUCAAAGAAAUCCCACCUAUCUACCUCAGAGUCCACCUAACGGUGCUCCAAAUCCUAGGAAUAGACAUCCUUCCUGUUGAAAGCGUCCCCCAAAACCUAUUUUACACCUACACGGCCCUUAUCAUUUCCACAAUGUGUCUUUUCACCAUCGCCGAAUUCUUAGACAUGGUGUUGAACUACGAAGACAUCUACAGACUCACCUUCGGCCUUUGCUACUGCGUGACGCACGUUUUAGGCACAGUUAAAAUGUUCCUGAUGUUGUAUCUGCGUAAGAAAUUGUGGGGCAACUUAACCACGCUCGAAGAAGGCAUUUUCAAGCCGAAUCCGACACGAGGCGGACCUGAGGAGCUCCAAAUAGUCAACGAUGCUAUAACCAUGUGCAACCGACAAGGCUACGUCUUUUACACUUUGGUGUUUUUGAUAAUUGGGGCCCGCCUUUUGUACGCUUCUCUGGCUAACUGGCCCUACGACAAACACAAUUAUUUCGACGGAAACGUGACUGUGAUAGUCAACACGAAGGAGAUGCCCUACACCACCUGGAUGCCCUUCGACUACAACGACAGCCCCCUAUAUGAAACCAUCUUCGCGUUCCAGAUUUUCAGCACGACGGUUUAUGGGUUUUACAUUGGGGCUGCAGAUGCCGUCAUUUGCGGGUUUAUGAUGCUGAUUAAAGCGCAGUUUUUGAUUGUGAAAAGGGAGCUCGAGACUUUGAUUGAAAGGGCACAAAAGGCGGCAAUUGCGGAAAACCCAGACAAUGAAGAUAAUUUCGGUCGAGAGAUUGAACGAAUCGAGUUGUUGGAUAAGCGGACGCAAGACUAUGUUGCCAAGUACGCCAAUGAGUGUGUUUAUCACCACCAGGAGUUGAUCGCGUUGUGCGACCACGCCGAGGAGGAUUUUUGCUACUUGAUGCUUCUGCAGUUUAUUUCCAGUUUGUUGAUUGUGUGUUUUCAGUUGUUUCAAGUGAGUACGUUGUCCCCCGACAGUGUGGAAUUUUUCAGUAUGGUGUGUUAUUUGCUCCUCAUGUUGUUUCAACUUUUGUGCUACUGUUGGCAUGGGAAUGAGGUGCAAAUUGUGAGCGGGGAAUUGUCAAGAUACGCUUUUGGGAUUAAUUGGAUCAUUAUGAGAGAGUCGCCGAAGAAAACUCUCCUGCUUUUAAUGAUGAGGGCGCAAAGGCCGUGUUAUUUCACGGCUGGGAAAUUCUCGCUCUUGUCCUUGCAGACAUUCAUGACGAUCGUGAGAGGGGCAGGCUCGUAUUUCAUGUUUUUGAGGCAAAUGAAUAUUUAAAAAAUUACACAAGAUUUUGAACACUUCUACGAAACACAGUUGUAUUUUUGCUCAACACUGUCUUAAAAAAUUGUUACCUUUACACAACUUUGUAAUGAGGGUUUGAAUAACUGUUCACAAACGCAAAAUAAAAAACAAUAGCAGAUUUAUCAAUACUGUGGUUGAAAAAACUAAUUCUCGAUUCCUCGAUUUUUUUAACAAUUACUAAAAUCCUCCAAACAAAACAGUGCAUCAUUAAUUCUUCUUCAUAUUUGCACUUUCGAACUUUGAACACAUAUUUUCCCUUUUAGUAGUAUUGAGCUUAAGCCGUACGGCUAAAUUAUGGAAUAAUCGUAUUAUAAAACUGAUAAUAUCUUGUUUUGGCAAAAAUGCUCACAUAAUUCUCAACGGGAUUUAAAAUUUUGCACUUUUUGUAUUUUGAGUAAUGGCGCCAUAGAA